AUGGCAAGAGGAAGCAUUGCUGCUCACCUUAAAACUCAGGCCCAUCACACUUGUGCCGAAGAUUAUGCUCAGCACCAAGCAAGAGCCACAGCCAUAAACCAACGUCUCCAGAGGGAAGAUCUUGCAACGACACAAACGAUACAUCUUCGUGCUGUUAACAUUGUGCAGGCAGGCAUACCUGACGGUCAGGGAGGUGGUGCAGAGGAAGCUCGAAUGUGGGAAUCAUUCGACGCCGAUGCAGAUCGCUUCACCUUUGGUGCCGGACAGGGCCCUGAAGCUCUUGCAGCGCGCGCUGAGCACCAUUGGGAGCGAGAGCUCAGGGACUUCGAGCUGUCAGAGGAUUGGGCACGAGAAAGUGCAGAGGAUGACUGGUUGGCCGAAAUUCUCGGUGACAUCAGUAGGUGCAAUAUGAUCUGUGCUCUGCUCUAA